AUGGCUGAGGGAGUUGUUUCCUUUGUGCUCGAAAGUGUCAGAGACUUCACCAUUCAGGAAGCCAAGUUCUUGUCUGGAGUCAGCCAUCAAGUUGAGGUUUCACAAACUGAGCUACAAUUGAUGCAGAGAUUCUUGAAAGAUGCAGAUGCAAGACAAGGAGAAGAUGCAAGAGUCCGUAUUUGGGUUGCCAAGAUUAGAGAUGCUGCUUAUGAUUUGGAGGAUGUCAUCCAAACUUAUGGCUUGAAAGUGGUUUCCAAGAAGAAAAGAGGUGUGAAGAAUGUUUUGAGAAGAUUUGCCUGCAUCUUCAAGGAAGGGGUUGAUGUUCACAGGAUUGGGGAAGAAAUUGAGAAUAUCACCACCAGAAUUUCUGAGUUGAGGUCGAAUUUGCAGAAGUAUAACAUAAAGGAACUAACAACGGACACGGACAGAGACGGUAGUGAUGGUGAAUCUUCCUUGCAAUUGCAAGAGAGGCUAAGGAGAGCUCGUUCUCAUGUUGUUGAACGCGAUGUUGUUGGAUUAGAGUCCAACGUUGAAGAACUGGUUAUGCAUUUAGUGAAAGAUGAAAAUCGUCAUCGAGUUGUAUCUAUUUGGGGUAUGGGCGGUUUAGGGAAGACCACCCUUGCAAGACAGCUUUAUCAUGACAAAAAAGUAAGGCAACAUUUUCACAGUUUUGCUUGGGUCUGUGUAUCUCAACGUUUUCAAGUAAGAAAUGUUUGGGAAGGAAUUUUAAUUGAACUCAUUUCUGCUACCAAGGAACAAAAACAAGAAAUGGAGGACAUGACAGAUAAUGAAAUAGCAAAGAAGCUUUUCCUUGUUCUGCAAGAAAUGAGAUGUUUGGUGAUCCUUGAUGACAUAUGGAGGAUCGAGACAUGGAAUCUUUUGAAGGAUGCAUUUCCAAAUGUGAAAACAGAGAGCACAAUAUUGCUUACAACACGCAAUCAAGCAGUAGCUUUGCCCCCGAAUAGAAAUGCUUUUCUCCACGAACUCCAGGCACUAAAUGAGAAAAAGAGCUGGGAACUAUUUGAGAAGAUAGCAAUAUCUGGAAGGGCUGAUAUCGAUUUGGGAAUUUUCACAAAGAAGAGAGAAUUAGGAAUGAAAAUGAUUCGACACUGUGCAGGCUUGCCAUUAGCCAUUAUUGUGCUUGCCGGAACAAUGGAGGAUAUAGCACGUGAUUGGUUAAGUGAGUUGGUGGAAAGGUGUUUGGUUCAAGUGGGAACAAGUGGUUCAACUGGAACAAUUAAAGGUUGCCGAAUCCAUGAUCUUGUACGAGACAUGUGUUUGUUAAAGGCAAAAGAGGAAAGCUUUCUCCAGAUUAACAAUUCUUUGCAAGAAAAUACUUCUGUUGUGGCAGCCGAGGAAGCACAAUUGGGGAAAAUUCGAAGACAUGCAAUUUACUUGGAUAAGAACGCGGAUAGGUUAGUUUCUUCAAGAGAUGAAACAAAUAGGCACGUACGGUCUCUAUUAUUCUUUGGCCUAGAAGAAUGGAUGGCAAAAAGUGAAAAAGGAUUACUAUCUCAGUUGAAGGAUUUCAAAGUGCUUAGAGUUUUGAAGGUUGAAGGUCUUGAUGAAGUAGAAGUAGAGUUGCCAAGUGAAAUUGGAAAUAUGGUACACUUAAGAUUUCUAAGUGUGAGUAAUAGCAAGAUAAAAAGUUUUCCGCCAUCCCUAGGUAAUUUAGUAUGCCUGCAAACUCUUGAUUUUCGUGUUCCAAUUUAUUUCGUCAUGGUCAUCCCAAAUGUGAUAAUGAAGAUGAAACAAUUAAGACAUUUAUAUUUACCCUUUGGUUACACAGUAAAGGGUACCCUAGAGCUGUCUACUCUUAGCCAUCUACAGACCUUAUAUUACCUUUCAAGUGAGUAUUGUGAUUUGAAAGAUGUUGUUAGAUUAAACAAUCUUAGAAAACUGAAAAUAAGAGUGUCAAGCUCUUUGCAAAAUUUGGAGGAAAUCUUAAAAUCUACAGGUAGCGCGCUUAACUGUAUCCGGUCUCUAACUGUGGAGAACAAAAUGAAUAGUGGUAAAGAGCAAGCUAUGCAAAUAGUAUCAAGCUGUCGGCAUAUAUACAAAUUGAAGUUGGAAGGGCCAAUCACAGAAUUACCGAAAGAGCUCCACAACUAUCCAAACCUCACCAAGUUACAAUUGAAUGGGUGUGGUCUCAAGGAGGACGAAAUGGGAAUACUAGAGAAGCUGCCAAACAUAACAAUUUUGAAGCUUUUAGGAAAUGUUUUUGAGGAGAAUACAAAGAUACUGGUUUUCUCCAAAGGAGGAUUUCCUUCUCUUCAAUUUCUUGAUGUUUUUGGUAUGCACAAAAUAACAGAGUGGAAGGUAGAGGAAGGAGGCAUGCCUAGUCUCUGUCGAUUGACGAUCGAGUAUUCCAUGGGAUUGAUGACACUUCCAGAUGGGCUGAGAUAUCUUACUAAUCUCAGGGAAUUAACCAUUAGAUGGAUGUCUAGAGAACUCCACCGUCGGAUUGAGGAAGAUGGAGAGGAUUUCUAUAAAAUUCAACAUGUACCUUCCCAUGUAAUUGGAGAACCAUCCAGCUACGAACCACCACCGAUGCAAUGAUGGCAAGCUAGCUGCAGGUAGGAAGGAACUGAGUAUGUCGAAGCUCUGUAGCAGAGCGAGCACGUGCGAAGCUGAACUUACCUGGAGAAGAAAGAAAUGCUCUGUGAAAAUCAAGAGGAGCAAAGAUGUGGUCAAGUAGUUCAAAGUUCGUUACAAGUUUUUGGGUCUAGUGAAGUUAUUGAGGCUGGAGUUCGCAUGAAUCCUAUCUCUUCAAUUUGGACCAAGCAGAAGAGACUAAGGAAAGGAGGCUAUUGGAUGGGACUUGGGAGCAGAGAGAAGAGACUUGCAUGCGUAUAUGUUCUACCUAGAUUCCUACCUUCACUUCUAAGUCAUCGAGCGUUUGAAGAAAACAAACAGCAUUGAGGCAAUCCUAGAUUCCUACCUUCACUUCUC